CACACAGCCAAAAUCUCUCCUCGAUCAUUCGUCGUGUGUGCUGCCUCAAAGUCGAAUCCGUUUGGGUGCCCUCCCACAAGCCCUCUCUGCAUACUCUCACACUCUCUCCGAGAGCCCAAGAGACUUCCGUCCGCAUAAAUACGCGAAACGAGGCCACAAUAACUACCAUGGCACCCAACGGUAUAAAUGGCGUCCACCAUGAGGAUGAUGAGGAUAUCGACUACAGUGACAUCGAGAACAAAUACAAAGUGAAGUUCGAGGAGGGCUUCGACAACAUCCUACUCGUGGAUGGUGUCCCAAUUAUCGACGAGUCCAAGCGAGGCAAGCUUCUCGACAAGAUCGCGAAAGAGUUCGGGCGGAAGGGCGCGCCCAUCAAACCUGCUGAUAUCUCCGUCCCUUGGAAUGCCUCUAACGGGAAGAGCAAGGGAUUCGUCUUCGUUGAAUGCAAAAGCGCGAACGAUGCCGCGUUCGCUCAGAGUGCGAUGGAUGGUCACCCGUUCGACUCCAAGCACACGUUCAAAGUCAACCGCUUCACCGACAUUGAGCGGUAUGCGAACAUAGAUGAGACUUAUGAACACUUGCGCUCUUGGCUCGGUGAUCUUCAAGGCAGGGAUCAAUAUGCGACGUACCGCGGAGACGAGGUCGAGAUUCACUGGCAGGGAAAGCCUUCUCAGUGCGAGGUCGCGUUCAGCAGACCUAACUGGACAGAUCUCUACAUCUCUUGGUCACCUCUCGGCACGUUCAUCGCCACUCUCCACCGACAAGGCGUACAGCUAUGGGGCGGUGCAUCGUGGGGGAAGCAGCAGCGUUUUGCGCACCCCAUGGUCAAGCUCAUUGAUUUCUCGCCUUGCGAAAACUUUAUCGUUACGUGGUCCAACGACCCUAUCGUAGUGCCCGAGGGCGCACAACAGGGACCACAAUUCUUCUCUCCAGAAGAUGAGGGCCACAACGUCGCUGUCUGGGACGCCAAGACUGGUAACUUGCUCCGGACAUUCCCUACGUCCUACCCCGAGGGCGAGGACACGAAGAAGCAGCUGCAAUGGCCUGCGCUCAAGUGGAGUCCCGACGACAAAUACGUCGCACGUGUGACCCCAGGCCAGCAGAUCAGCGUCUACGAGCUGCCCAGUAUGGGUCUGCAAGGCAAGAAGUCUAUCAAAAUCGAGGGCGAUCGUGAGGAGGCUGAGGCUGAGGCGAAGGGCAAGACCACGAAGAAGCCGAGGGAAAACAUGCUUGCGUACUGGACCCCCGAGGUGGCCAAUCAGCCCGCCCGCGUUACGCUCAUGAACUUCCCGAGCCGAGCCAUACUUCGGCAGAAGAACCUGUUCAAUGUCUCGGAGUGUAAACUCCAUUGGCAAAACCAAGGCGACUUCUUGUGCGUUAAGGUCGAUCGUCACACGAAGACGAAGAAAUCCAUCUUCUGCAACUUGGAGAUCUUUCGUGUCCGUGAAAAGGACUUCCCCGUUGAGGUCGUCGAGUUGAAAGACGCGGUAACCGACUUUUCUUGGGAGCCGCGCGGCGAGAGGUUCGCGCUCAUAUCUAGUAACGAUCCAAAUCUUGCCAAUCCGGCACCGGGUGUCACCAUCAAGACCGACGUGAGCUUCUACCAGCUUGUACGGGGCAAAGGCGACUUCAAGCUCCUUCGAACACUCUCGACACGGACCAGCAACACUGUACGGUGGUCGCCCCGCGGUCGGCAUGUCGUCCUUGCGACAAUUGGUUCCUCUAGCAAGUCAGAGCUCGAGUUCUGGGAUCUUGACUUCAACUCGGAUGACACUGGUCGCCGGGAAGGCCCCUCAAAAGAGGAGUGGGGUAGCGUUAUCCAGCACCUUGGUACCGCAGAUCACUACGGUGUUACCGACGUUGAAUGGGAUCCGAGUGGGCGUUAUCUUGCGACAAGCGCCAGUGCAUGGAGACAUACUCUCGAGAACGGGUAUGCGAUCUGGGACUUCCGCGGCCAAGAGCUUGAGAAGCACAUUCUCGACCGCUUCAAGCAGUUUCUCUGGCGCCCACGUCCGCGCACCCUCCUCACAAAGGAGCAGCAACGGCUGGUUCGGCGCAACCUUAAGGAGUACAGUCGCCAGUUCGACGAGGAGGACGCUGCCGAGGAGAGCAACAUCAGCGCGGAGCUCAUUGCACACCGCAAGCGGCUCGUCGACGAGUGGAACGCCUGGCGUAAGCGGGUCAAGGUUGAGAUCGCCGAGGAGCGGAAGAGUCAGGGGAAGCAGGCAGAGCCCGAAACUGAGGAAGAGGUCGAGGAGAAGGAGGAGAUCGAGCUGUGGGUCGAGGAGGUGAUUGAACAGAUUGAAGAGGAAGUCGCUGAGUGAGACUUCACUGUGCGUGCUGUUGUGUGAGUAGUUGCUUUCGCUCGUCUCGGCUGAACGUGUGUGUAUGCUAGUGCGGCAAUUGCGUACAAUAUCUACUAUUACACCAUGCA